AACCGAUGUCGCCCCCCAGGGUGACACCGGCGUCUCGCAGGGGCUACGCGGGGACGACCGAGGGCAGCUGGCUGCGCUCACUCUUCGUGCACAAGGUGGAUCCCCGCAAGGAUGCUCACUCCAACCUCCUGGCCAAGAAGGAGACCAGCAACCUCUACAAGAUCCAGUUUCACAACGUGAAGCCCGAGUGUCUGGACACCUACAACAGCCUGACGUGAGCCUCCCGUGUGGGUCAGGGUCACCCAGCCGCUCAGGGCGGCACCGUGCCGGGGUGGGGGGGACACUGGCGUGUCCCUGGGCAUCCCCAUGGCCAUCCGGGCUCCCCGCAGGAGUACGAGGCCUUCCGGCGCGAGCGUAGCAAGCUGCUGCUGGCCCGUCGCAACCAGCUGCUGCUCGAGUUCAGCUUCUGGAACGAGCCCCUGCCCUGGCCUGGGCCCCACGUCUACGAGCUGAGGACCUACAAACUCAAGCCGGGGACCAUGAUCGAGUGGGGCAAUAACUGGGCUCGGGCCAUUAAGUACAGGCAGGAGAACGAGGAGGCCGUGGGUGGCUUUUUCUCCCAGAUCGGCGAGCUCUACGUUGUGCACCACCUCUGGGCAUACCGGGACCUGCAGUCACGCGAGGAGACGAGGAACGCGGCAUGGCGCAAGAGUGGCUGGGAUGAGAACGUCUACUACACGGUGCCGCUGAUCCGCAGCAUGGAGUCGCGCAUCAUGAUCCCCCUGCGCAUCUCGCCCCUGCAGUGAGCCGGCACCUCAGCACCGUGUCGCCUUCCGUGCCCCUGGGGCACGCCGGGGUCCCCGCAGGGCACCCAGAUCCCCUACCUGCCCUGAGCACCUACUUGGGGUAGCCCACGGGGAUGGGAGCUGGGGGCGCCCCUGCUUUCCUCUGGGGGCUCGGCACCAUGUCACCUCCUGUCCCCCUUGUCCUGAUCGUCCCCCAAGGCUCACUGGGGCAGGGCCAGGGUCCCGCGUGGCACCCAGCUCCCCUCGUCCCCGGAGCACCCAUUGGGGACCCCUUGCAGGGACAGAGCCAGGGACACACCUCAGGGUCAGGAGCUGGGGACACCCCCCAUGGGGGACGGGAGCCAGGGACACCCCACAGGGGACAGGAGCUGGGGAUCCGCCAUGGGGACGGGCCCUGGGGACACCGCAUGCAGGACAGGAGCCGGGGACACCCCAUGGGUGCUCCCACUCUGGGGUCUCCCCCCUGCAGGGUGUCCCUGGCACCCACCGCUGUCCCUGGGGUGGGAGCACCCAUCUCUGCGACCCCAGGAGGUGACAGUGGUGUCAGGAGGUGACAGCAGUGGCCAUGCACUGCCAGUCCUCUGCUCCCGCUGCUGCUGGGAGCCCCAAGUUCUUUGGAGGACAGUGUUAAUUAGCACUAAUGAGUCCCGGGCCAUGGCCGGGCCCCGGGGGCUGCACCCAUUAAACAUUCGAUGUGCCCA